AUGGGCCGCGUGAUCAGGGCGCAGCGCAAGGGCGCCGGCUCGGUGUUCAAGUCGCACACGCACCACCGCCAGGGCCCGGCGCGGUUCCGGGCGCUGGACUACGGCGAGCGGAACGGGUACCUCAAGGGCGUGGUGACGGACAUCGUGCACGACCCCGGCCGCGGCGCGCCGCUGGCCCGCCUCGACUUCCGCGACCCCGUCCGCUACAAGCACCGCAAGGAGCUCUUCGUCGCCGCCGAGGGCAUGUACACGGGCCAGUCCGUCUACUGCGGCCGCCGCGCCGUCGUCGCCAUCGGCAACGUGCUCCCGCUCGCGUCCCUCCCGGAGGGCGCCGUCGUCUGCAACGUCGAGCAGCACGUCGGCGACCGCGGCGCGCUCGCCCGCGCCUCGGGCGACUACGCCAUCGUCAUCAGCCACAACUCCGACAACGGCACCACCAGGAUCAAGCUGCCGUCGGGGGCGAAGAAGGUGGUGCAGAGCGGGUGCAGGGCGAUGGUGGGGCAGGUGGCCGGCGGCGGGAGGACGGAGAAGCCGCUGCUCAAGGCGGGCAGGGCGUACCACAAGUUCAGGGUGAAGAGGAACAGCUGGCCCAGGGUGCGCGGCGUCGCCAUGAACCCCGUCGACCACCCGCACGGAGGAGGCAACCACCAGCACAUCGGGCACGCGUCCACGGUCCGCCGCGACGCGCCUCCCGGGCAGAAGGUUGGACAGAUCGGGGCGCGGAGGACCGGCAGGCUCAGGGGGCAGGCCGCCGUCAACGCAUCCAAGGACAGCAGGGCCGCUUAGUUCAGUUAGAGAUCUUCAUACAUAUCAUCAUCGAUCAGCUAGGUUAUUACUUAGAUUUCGGGACCGUUAUAUCUGUCAUGCUUUCCAUUGGGGGUUGUGGUACUAUUUGGACUUUGGUCGAAUUAUGUAUGGGAAGUUUUAGUUUUAUAUACUCUUAAAUUAGGGCGACUAGCCCGUGUAUUUCGACGAGGGGUGUCAUUUGUGAAUGACUUUCCUGACGUGAGGGAUGAUAUUUUCUUCAGAGAAACUUGACCGUUUUUGUGAGAGACCCGUUUGAUCCCGACUAAAACUGCCAUUAAGAGGGUUCGUUUGCCGUCCCUCUCGUAGUGAAUGUCAGCUAGAUAAGAUUUCAGUAUUCUAGUACAUCAAUAUUAUCUGACAUAUACCUUGUAUCCACCAUAUUCUAGAUUUUGGUAACAUUUAAUUAAUUUGAUUGGAGAA